UUUUUUUUUUCAGUAGCACCUCGGUUCUGUGUUGCUGUGGACCUGCUCUGUUAGGUUGUGGUUCUUGCUCUUUACUCCUUGUCCUUUUCCUCAUAUCAGUGUGGUUCUCUGUCCCCUGUUUGUUAAUCCAGUGGCUGUCCCACCCUCCAAAGGCUGUCUUGCUGUGCCCAUCCUCUCUCUUCGUAGUGUGAUCCUGCCAGGUGCAUCUGCUGCCAGCACAUGAAGUCAUGUAUAUUUUGUUGUUGUUAUUUGGUUUCUGUUUUUAAUACCAAUGAGGGCAUCGGGAUGAAGAAUUUAGGUAUGUCAGAGUGGCCGCCUGCCAUAGGCAGUGGGAUCUGCUUAAAUGCAUUAAACCUUGCAGGAAUUAAUUCAUGCCUUAUCAGCACUGUCCAAGAACCCCUGGACAGUACAAAGGCUGUACCUAGAAAAUGUAUACCAAAGCAUUCUUACUUCUUAGUUCAGCACGGGAUGAUCCCAUUGUCCCAAUAACUUAACGUUGUUUUUUUGGAGACAAGCUAAUAAAAUGACAUUCGUUCUUUCCUUAUACUCCUCUGCUGAUGUAGAGUCCUCCUGGACGUUUGUGUAUUCCAUGAAUGGUUUGUAAAACUUCACUGGUUAAUUAUUUUUCAUAGGUUAUGAUCCUGGCAAAAUGUUCCUAUAGAAAUGUACAUAAAUUUAAAAUAUAGGCUAGAUCAUCUUGUAAAGGAACCACUAAAUUAGGCCUGAUGGGGAAAUAAAUUUAUUAAAUUCACGACUGCUCCUUGGAUUUUCUUGCCAGUGGAUAAAACAGUGUUCAGAUGCUUAGCUGAAAUUUAAAGAAGCACUGAGCUUUGUAUGGCUAAAGCUAAACUGGACAAGGAGGGAAGGUGUUAAGCCUAGACUUCUGUCUCAAGGCCCUUAGCUAGUUACAGGGUGAGAGGUGCAUAAACCAAAUUUUUAUUCUCUUUUUGCACACUUUCUUAUGUUUCCCCAAUGCAUCCAUUCCAACCACUGUCAGAGAGCAAACUGGUGGACUGCUGGUGUGAUUGAGAUAGAUAUUGUACCAAAGGCACGGCGUGCAAGCUGUGCUGGAGAGAGAAGGGUCAGGUUCCUGGCUGAAAAACUUACUGCAUCUGUGAAACUGUAACUGCAAUCUUUUAACCAGCUGUGGUUCUCCAAGCGGUUCCUAAUCUGGACUUCUUGUUCAUAGUGCUUUGUGUUGCUCUACACAGCAGUGUAAGUAGUUACCGUUGUGGUAGUACGGUAACUUUGAGUAUUUGUACACGUGAGUAUAAAAUCGGUCACCAUUUUAUGCAGCUGCUUUGCAGUUCAUUUCUCUGCAUAUAUUUCAGUGAUGUGUUGCACAUGCGCGGCUACUGAGCGUGUUCAAAUGCGAGCAUGCGACUGUGAGUGCAACUACUUGAGGACACAUAUGGACAUCGGAUCUACUGGGGAAAAUGCUUUGUGAAAAAUCAGCACCUUCUGGAGGAGGAGAGAACGUUGCUGUGCUAGUACUGCUGUUAGAGAGCUGCGCGGAGAAAUGCCGUUGGGGCAGGAUCCUCUGCAUGUCUCCUCCCUUUCUGAUGCAGUAUGCUAUCUUCAAUGACAAUUUAAUCUAGCUGCAAUGCCUGCUGCGCAAAGUGUGCAUCUUACAGAUUCUGUGGCCAGAAUACGGCGUCUGUGAAAACUUGCGGAAAUUGGAGAUCACGGGAGUGUCCUGUCGAGAUGUUUAUGCCAAACGUAUAAACCCACGAGUGAAGUCGGGGCGUUUUAUGAAAAUCCUUCCCGACUACGAGCACAUGGAGUACAGAGAUGUUUACACCUGCCUGCUGCACCGAUACCGACACAUCCUGGGAUUGUGGCAGCCAGACAUCGGGCCCUAUGGGGGACUGCUGAACGUGGUGGUAGACGGUUUGUUCAUCAUCGGGUGGAUGUACUUGCCACCUCAUGACCCUCAUGUUGAUGAUCCCAUGAGAUUCAAACCUCUCUUCAGGAUUCAUCUCAUGGAGAGGAAAUGUGCCACAGUUGAGUGUAUGUAUGGUCAUAAGGGACCUCAUAACGGCCAUAUCCAGAUUGUAAAGAAGGAUGAGUUCUCCACGAAAUGCAACCAGACAGAUCACCAUCGGAUGUCAGGUGGAAGGCAAGAGGAAUUCCGGACGUGGCUAAGGGAAGAAUGGGGUCGGACUCUGGAAGACAUCUUCCAUGAACACAUGCAAGAGCUCAUUUUGAUGAAGUUCAUCUACACCAGCCAAUAUGACAACUGCUUGACGUACCGACGCAUCUACCUCCCUCCUAGCAGCCCUGACGACCUUAUAAAACCAGGUCUUUUCAAGGGAACGUAUGGGAGCCAUGGGCUGGAGAUUGUCAUGUUGAGCUUUCACGGAAAGAAAGCAAAGGGGACUAAAAUCACUGGAGAUCCCAACAUCCCAGCUGGGCAGCAGACUGUGGAGAUCGACCUGGCACAUCCUCUGCAGCUACCUGACAUCGAGAACCUUCGCGAUUUCAGUGAGCUCUCUCGCAUUGUCCUGGAGGUCCAGGAGCAGGUACGUCGGGAGGAGCAGGAGCGGGAGCACCGGCAGGAGGAAGAGGAUCAUUCCCAGCAGGCUGCCUCCCACCUUGCUGCGAAGCCCUUGGGAGCAGAAGAUGCUGAGGGGGAAGAGACUGCAGCUGGGGCGGAGGGGGCGACCCAGGACAAGGCACCAGCUUCCCAGCCCUUUGUGCUGCCCAUGGGAGUCAUAUCGAGGAAUGAAGACUACCCCCGGACCUGCCGAAUUUGUUUUUAUGGGACGGGGCUUAUUGCUGGCCACGGCUUCACCAGCCCUGAGCGAACGCCAGGUGUUUUUGUGCUCUUUGAUGAUGAUCGCUUUGGAUUCAUCUGGUUGGAUCUGAAGUCCUUCAGUCUCUACAGCCGGAUCAAGGUCUCCUUCCAGAACGCUGAAGCGCCUUCCCGUGAGGCUUUUGAUGAAAUGCUGAAGAACAUUCAGUCGCUGGCAACUUGACGGGUGAUUGGUGAUGGACAGGGCUAGGGGUUGCAAAGGCUGCUGCACUCCCCAGCCAGGGCUGGGGAUGCCUUGCUCUUGGUACCUCUGAGUAAAAGCAUGCACUUUUAUUAAAGCCUUUUUACCCCAAAUGUACACAUCCCCGUUAAAAUAUCCAUGACUGCCCUUUCCUCCCUGCCACCCCACACUGCUCCCUAGCAGUCCUUGUUACCCAGUCUGUAACAUAGCUUUGUAUAGCUGAAGGGAUCCUGCAGAGGGGGAAAUAGGCCUUUCUUAUUGCAAAAAGAACGGAUCGGAACAAAAAUAGCUCAAGGUCAGAGCUGGAUCAGAAGAACAUCUAAUUGACUGGGUGGACAUGAGCCCUCUGCUCUGGCCAUUAGCAGUCUCCAGCGGAAAGCGCUCUUCUUCAGGGAAGAGACUCAUUUAAGCCUUUGCUGCGCUCUAGGCCGAUCUGUCCUCCUGGGAGACUUGCUUUGCCCUCCUGAAAACCUGCGCGGUCCCCCGCUGCAGACUGGCUGGCUGCUUAAUGAUAAAUUGCGUCAGCAGUGAUGAAGCACGUCCUCCUCUCCAGAAACCUUUCUCUGGGUGCGGCACCGUCAAGAGAGGCUGGUGUAAUACCUGCAUCCUUGGCUAAGUAACUGGAGUGGGUGGUUUCCUUUUGAGAAAUUCCCUCAGCUCGGCAGCAAGAGGAGGAUUCCCACUGUAAAUGACAGCGUGUGUAGUGUUGCCCUGGCUUCUGGAGCUUAGUGGAUGCGCUGUCCCCGCGGCUCCAGGUCCGGGUGUCUCCCUGAGCGUAGAGGAGAUGAUUAUAGGAGCUGGGUACAGAACUGGAAAUGAGUAAAUCGCAGAAGCUGGUGUGUUCAGAACUGGUUUUGUAUCUGAAAGGUUGGCCUCAGAUCUUUUAAACUGAACCUGAAAACAUAAGGGAAGGAGAAAAAACAAAACUAAUUGUGAAAUAAACCCAAAUGCAGCCUACUGACUCCUGUCUGUGGUGGGCAGCGGAAGGUGCCGUGUGUUGCUGGCACUGAUGUGACCCCAGUUAUGUGUUGUUCUUGUAUCGGGUUGCCCUACGCAGUCUGAAGGAGCAACGAGGGAUUCUCCAAAUAUUGCUGUGGCUUGUUCUGGCACCUUUUACGGUUGAUGGGUGCUGCUGCUCCACGUGCAGGACCCUUCUGUUCCCUUUCUAGUCGCACUUGUUUCAUCCCAGAUGAUUGCUGCUUCCCACAGAAAGCUCCUGGGCUCAAUUUCUUUCCAUGAUACCUGUGUUCUGACAGAUCUGAGCUCCACUGGGAAGUGUGGGCUGCAGGCGAGGAAGCAGAUUCCCCAUAGACUGUCCUGUGCAGGCAAAUCCUGGCCAGUGCUAACCUACAGACUGAGAGUUGUGCUAUAAACCAUCAGCAUUUGCAUCAGCACGUGUUAUUAAUCCUGUGUAGGUAGAGAUGAUGGGGACCCUUGUGCAAAGAGAAGACAUUUGUAAGGAAGCUCUUGGUUACAGGCAAAACACAUGGUUUGUUGCUCUCCGGCUGUGAUGGUAAACUCCAGGUUUCUUCUUUUCCCGCUACCAAACCGGAUCAGGGUUUAACAAAACUCUGCCUUUACAUCUUCAGGUUUUGGUUUGUAAAUGUGCCUGUAGGUGUGUUGUGCUGGGAGGAUUGAGGCCCCUUCUGUGGAGGAGUUUCAGUCACUGCCUAGUUUCACUGACUGCGAGCAGCUUUUAUUCUCGCUCUCACAAGGGCUUUUUGCCAUUUCUGGCUCCUGAGCGUUCCCUCAAGCUGCGUGAGAACCGAGUCUCCAGCAGAGACUUUGAGCAGAAGGUCACGUCACUCACAGGAUUAAUUCCUGCCUCUUCGGAUAUAGUUCUACAAACCUCUGAGAAUUUGAAGGUGAUUUGGGGCACUUUUUUCUUUGUUCCCUACCGCUUUGUCAGUAGUAGAAAACCUGCCGCAGUGUUAGAGGUGAGGAUCUGAAGUGUUAUUAUCAUUCGAGUGAAUAAGCUACAAAAAGUAGGUUGUUUCUGGGCAGCCUGUUAGAGGUGUUCCUGUCGGCAUCAGCAGAGGGAAGAGGUGACCUGGAUCUCGCCCCAUCACGCAGGGCCGGGAGAGGGGACGGGUGGCAAUUCUCUGAGCCCUGGUGUGUGGGCAGAGAGGCGAGAGGUGAAGCUAAAAUUGGGCACCUCGGCCUUUUGCUGCAGCUGCCGGGCUGUGUGCGGAAGGAGAGCACGUGCUUCAUCUUGCAGACAGAGACUUCCAGCUUGAUGAUGCAGAUUUCUGAGAUACUUCAGGACAUGAGGAGUCUGUUGGGCAUCUGGGUGGCCAGUUUAUCUUGGAACUUGCUGUUGGCUGCUUUGUAUUCUCCCGAACAGCCUAAAGGGAUGAGAGAGGUCCCCUUGGGCGGCUGUUUCAAUCGCUUGUCCUUACAACCAGCUCUGCUUCAGGUGCAAAUGGAUCCGUAGUUCUGACUGUGGAUUCCUCCUCCUUUCAGUGUCCUCACUCACCCCUCCAAAAAAUAAAAAUCCUGAAGUUUUACAUAACUGACUUAAUAGUUUUUGCUUUUUGUUUUUUAAGUAAGAUUGAAAAUCCAGACUGUAUUGAAUGCACUACAAGCACUUGGCCUGAGACCCAAGGCACUGUCCCCUAAGUACGGACGCUGACUCUGUAGCCGGUCUCCUCCCUGUAACCUGCUGUGUUGGCUUGGCUGAGCAUGUAAAGGCGGUGUAGGUACGAUACAGUGCUUUUAGUAGCUGUUCCCUGUCGCUUAAAUUCCCCUGGGUGUCGUGAGUCUGCUGGGGAGUGCAAACCCGUGGAUAGCAGGUGGCAGGAGCGUUUGGCUCGGCGCUGAAUACAGGUCUGCUUUGUCACUUGGGCAAGGACCUGUUGGUUGGGCUGUUGGCACAGGUCAUGCAUCUGCUGUUUUCCAGGCUAAGACGAUGGUUCUGCUCGUAGCUUGUCCCUUCUGAACCUUUUCAGUGGCAGUGUUAAGAGCUUGGCUGGCUGGAGAGAGGGGCUUUGCAGAGGCUUGAUGCCCUGCAGGAACUUUUCACAGCUCAGCUUUGCCCCUGUAGUAGCAUCUUUUUAUUUAUAGCCUACCUGAUCGGCCUCAAAAUGUCAGAGCAUGCUAGUCCCGAUGAAAGGCAACGCUGCUGAUACACCGUGGCUUUAUUCUGUCUAGAGCAAAGGCAAUGAAAAUAGCAAAUUUUGUAUUAAUACUGCUCCUCUGCCUUCUCUUCUCACCUUCUGCUCCUCAAAGCCUGGCAGGCUUUUGCGGCAUUUCAGAAGAAAAUUCCCUCUGAUUUGGCUUCGGGUGGGGAAAGCUGUCAAGACGGCGAAUUUGGAGAGACUGGCAUAAAUGCUCUGGGCGUUCCUCUGCUGGUUCCCUUGUGCAUGGCUACAUCAGUGCUUUCGGUGGAAAAACAGAAUAACAGGAUGAGGAGUUACGGCUCGCGGCUCUGAAAGCUUUGGGAGUGGGGAGCAAACAAAGAGGAGUGCAGCCAGAUUUAAUGACAGGCAAUUGGGAUCUGAGCAUCGCCUGUGGCCGGGGGGGAUGCGGCCGCAGCCCCGGUCCCGCCUUCCCUGGCGGUCCCUAUGGGAAGCAGCACUAACGCUACGGUGUUUUGCUGUACUUGUUCAUGUUUGGGGGGGGGCUGUACCGCCCCCCUGCGCAGUACGUCUCAGUGCAUACCCUGCUCGUUGCCUCAACCCUAGUUGUCCAGCUUGUUGGGAUAUUUCUGUGAGCUGUUGACAGGGAUAAUGUGUGGCGGUGCCUUGCAGAUGGUGAUAAAUUUCUGGUGCUGACGUGUCCUCGUCCUGUUCGCUCUAUAGAAAAUCUUGGGGACAAUUGGCUUUAUUUCUUGAUCCCAGAUGGGUGGAAAGUGCUGGGGAAGAUGGAAAACAACUCGUCAGGGGUAGGAAUACUCUCUUGGCAGGAGCCUUGUGGAAUAAACAAAGCGCUUGCAAUUAUGGUUGCAACAAAUGGUUGCAGAGCAGCAUUGCCCCAAUAGCCACAGCAAGGCCUAGGGCUUAAUCCGAGCUCAGGAGCCAUAAGCAAGUGACUGGCUUACAUGCUCGGGCUGUGUUGUGCUCCUAGAUCACGCUUUCUGUGUUGUCAAAACACAUGGGUUCGGCCAGCUGGAAAACAGAAGCAUCAAAGAUCCUCAUCCAGCCAGUUUGUUUGCCUUGGGCCUGAUUUCAUAGCUAUAAAUGUGCUGUGAUCAGGCGCUGCGGUUGUAGGAGACUCACUGCAGUCCACACGGACUUGUCAGGCUUUUUCUUUUUUUUGUUGAGGAGCAGGAAAAAGGAUGGAAUUACUUGUAACUUUGGCUGUCAGCUUCCCUCUGGAGCGAACAGUGCGGUACUGCUACGGCUACUCUGGAAUGGGAUGGCAAUUACGUAGGAAACUUGUGCUGGGGAGAAAGCAAAUUCAUGUGCAAGCUUGCUUGGAGGUGUAAGCUACCAGGAAAAAAAAAAAAAA